GCCAACGAUGAUUUCAUACCGACAACCUCUGAGAAAAACAGGCUUCAGCGUUGUGGAUUUGCCAUCAAAUGCAGACAGUGUUAUCCAAAGAGAAGAACAACCAGCUGCAAGACCAGUAGCAACUCCAGAGCCACCCAUUGGGUUACUGCAUCCACCAUCACGGGAACUGGAAGAGGAUCAUUCCAUUGCACAAAGACAAGCUGAAGUGCACAGAGAUGGCAAUCAUUUGAGGGAUCAAGGAUACCUCUGUCCUCCAUGUCAUGGAACAGUUUACAAAAUGUCUCUCCAACUUCUGUCUGGACAUCCCUCCACAACCUCUCUAUCCUCUGACUGUGGACUGACCUGCCCGUGAUGUGGUUGUUCCUGGAGCUGCUUCUGACCAAAUUCAUAAACAGAGCCACCUGUACAUUCUCUCCUCCGUGAUCAGACCGGACCCGUGAUGGUAAGCCAUACUGGAUGACAGCAGUUACAAAGAGGUCCAACACUGUUGAUGACCUGUUGUUGGUGCUGCAUCUUCAAAAUGUCACCAAUCUUGAAUAACCAUCAAUGCAUCCAUGAGUAACCAUGCCCCAUCUGGAAAAAAAUGGACACUAAAAUCAAACAUUUGCGCAUAAUUUAACAUAAAGAAAUAAC